AUGGACGAGCAUGCCAACCCGGUGCUGCCACAACCAGCCGACCCUAUGGCAGCCAUGUUAGAGAUGUUCCGCAAGUUUACAGCAGAUCAGAAGGCUACAAAUGAUGCAAUCAUGACUAGAUUGCAACACUUGGAAGGACAAAGAAUCCCUCUUGAUAGGGACAGCAACUUGCCCAUAGAAGAGGACAGGUACCAACCCCAUUCUGUGAUACAGAGGCUGCCUGACAGAGAUGGGAGCCCUAGAGAUGACUACAGGGGUUAUAGAGAUGGACAUAUAGGUCACAGGGACAGAUUUAGGACUGACCGAGAUGACAGGGAUGAUAGAGACUACUAUAGAGAUCGUCGGGACGGACCUAGAUAUGCCCGUGAGCCUUCUCGGGAACACAGAGAUCACCACCGAGGCUAUAGAGACAGAGGUCGGCAGCCCACUUUUGAAGAGUAUAUGAGGUCCUACUUCACUGGAGACCAAGGUACUAAUCGACGACAUACAGGUAACCAGAAGGUGAAGCUAGAGCUGAAAGAAUUCGAUGGUAAUUCUGACACUCAAGUGUUUUAUGAUUGGCUUGCUGCAAUAGAAGACUAUUUCGAUUGA